AUGUCAGAUAUAUGCCAGCAACGUGUCUCUCAUUUGUCUGGUCACCGAACCAAUUCUAGCACCAGCCAUGGACACGGAGGCCACACUCUAGCAGGCCAAUACUCUACGUUCACAGUACCAUCAAGCAAUACGGGCGAUCAACAAUCGAGGCUGAGGAGUCAAAGCGCACGAAGCGAUGUGGAAAGCCCUGGAAAGUCCACAAGUCAACCCAUCUGGAGUCUAGCAGCGCCUUUACCACAUGUUCAUCGUUCUCUACAGAAACCUCCUGACGAAAGUAUACAAGACAAUGAUGUCUUGCCAGAGCCACAAACGCCCACCGGUGAAUCUAUGUUAUCUCACCGUGAGCAAGGGUCAAUGACACAGCCUGCAGCUCCUACGGGCUUUGGUCGGGUGCCACAAAUUGAUGUCACACCCUCCAGGCACGAUGGUGAGCGACAAGAACGCCAAUCUCGUACAAGUGCAGACUCUAGGUCCUCUUUGCGAUCCAGUGAUUUACUCCGACGUGCUACAACUGCAGGAACGUGGACCUACCACUCAGGGGCCACAACGAGACAGGGUUCACUUCUGCCCAAUCAUACUUCCAGUACGACGGCCCGACGAGCACGACGUCAACUUCACAGAGAGAAUGUCAGUGCCCAUGAUCAGGCAAUACUUCCAGCCUCGUCUUCCCACUCUCAAGCUAGAGCGACUCAAAUACCGAGGAACAGUCGCCGAUCAGAAAAUCAACAAUCCGGCCACGCUAGUCACGAUGUUGCGCUUGUUGGAAACACGGAUCUUGACGGAGGCCAUGGAGAACAGACCAGUGGAAGCGAUUCCGAGGUUGAAGAAGGACGACGUCGAAUGCAAGCCUUUGCCGAUACUGCGCACACGGAUAGUGUGAUGCAACAACUCCCCGCCAAUAUUGAUUGGGAGGAGUACCAGCGUGAACAGCCAGAACUGGACACACAGGGGACGACUAGAAGGUUAGUGAAUCAACCAGGCUUCUACAACGCUUGGGGGGCCUUCCGCCAUCGCUUCCGUCAGCCAUUGGCCGAGUGGUUGGGUACGGUUGUGUUCAUGACAAUUGGUCUGUCCGCUAGUGUCGUGCAUACGACUUCACAAAAUGCAUACGAGAACAUUCUUGCCGCGUACCUAGCAUGGGGUUUCGGCGUGAUGGUCGGAAUAUACAUAGCUGGAGGUGUUUCAGGGGCCCAUCUGAACCCAGCCUUAUCGAUCGUCUUGUCCGUCUACCGAGGCUUUCCUUGGUCCCUGUGUUGGCAAUAUAUCGUCGCACAACUUCUGGGCACCAUCACGGCAUCUGGGAUUGUAUAUGGGCUUUACAAGGAUGCGAUCAUGGAGUUUGCAGCAGCUGAUGUUGCUCGGGCCGGCCCAGCGUUCUACACUCAACCGCGCGAUGGGUUGAGUGACACGGCCGCCUUCUUCACCGAGUUCGUCGCUACAGCUAUCGCAGCUGGUUCCGUGCUCGCCUUGGGUGACGAUGGAAACGCACCACCUGGUGCAGGUAUGCACGCCUUCAUCAUUGGCCUCCUGAUAACUUCACUUUGCAUGGCGUUCUCGUAUAACACUGGUACCUGCCUCAACCCGGCACGAGAUUUGGGACCGAGACUGAUCGUAUGGGCAGCCGGCUUUGGCGAUGAGGUCAUGACCCUUCGAUCAUAUUGGUUCAUCUGGGGUCCAUGGUGUGGAACCAUCUCUGGUGGUAUAUUCGGGGCGGCUGUCUACGAUACCAUGAUCUUCAUUGGUGGUGAGAGCCCUGUCAAUUAUCCAACAGGGACGCUCCGCCACCAUCUGCCCUGGAGAGAAGCACGAGGUAAAUCGAAGAUGGGCAGAGGAAAGGACAGAGAAAAAGAUAUCACUGAUGUGAUUGAUGGCAUUGCAUAG